ACAACACUGGCCUCCAGAACACCCACCCUUCUCCUCAAUGAUGACAGCGGCUCCACUGUCAACCUCGUACCCUAGCGCCCCGACUCCGGCGGUUCAAAAAGCAGCCUUGGCAGCUGCGUCAAGCCAGCAUGCUCGAACCAAUCUCAUCCGUCUCGUCAAAUCACUCGAGGCAAAAGCAGUGGACAAUGAUUACGACGAGUCUUCAGUGGUGCUCAAGAAAGAAUGGGAGUUGAGUGUAGCUCGGAUCAUUCAUGUAAUCGGGCUCAUUUGUUUGCAGACGGUGCUCUAUGCUCGAGCAUUGCUGGAUCGGCUUCAAUAUGUAAAUGAACAAUCUUCCAGCUCUACAGCUGCGUUCCAAGAUAUUGAUCGCUCUUUACGCACAGUCGAGACGGUCUUUCGCAGGCGGCUGAUGUCGCCAUCUCCUACGCCGUCUUUCAAUCCAGCUCUGAUUGCCUUGCCCAUGUCUCCCUCUUCCUCCAAUCAGACGAAUCCGUCUCCGGUAGACAAAGCCUCACGGACCUCGAACGAUCAUUACGAGGAGUCUCGAACGGCUCCAUCGCCAAGAACACAGCCUACCACAGUCAGAAGCGUCAGACGACGACGGGCUCAAACUGAUGACUAUCUUGCCAAGAUAAACCGAGAAUAUACUACAGGCGACCAUACCAGUCUUUUGCCUCUCAGACUGGAGAAGACCCAAAAGUCAUACGGAAACAGUGGAGCUGGUGAUAGAGAUACUUUGCUGGGAGGUGUCGCGCCGGAAAGCGGUCUUGGGGCCGCUCAAUUGCAUGAAGAGCUUGGGGGCCAGCUUGCCGAUAUGUCGCAUCGGCUGAAACUCAAUGCUGUCCAUUUCUCCAAUUCUCUAGAGAAUGAAAAGCAUCUCAUAGAAGACUCACAAGACGCACUUGAAAAAAAUCUGGCGUCUACCCGUACCAACAAAGAGGGGCUAUCGACCGUAUCGAAAAAGAGUAGGGGAACAACGUGUAUGACCUUUGGCAUCAUCUUGAUGGUGCUUCUGCUCUUCAUGUGGACGUACAUGCUCAUCCGAUUUACUUGAGUGGCACAUGCAACAGGUAGC